AUGCUUGCACUUUGCUUCUUUUCGUCUUUUACACUUUCGCUAUAUGUACAUGUCAUUCGAAAAGAAAACGAAAAGAGAGAAACAUUCUUGAUCAUGGAUGCUGAUUUAGCACAGAAACUCAGCCGACGAAUACGUCGAAUCGAAUCGGCGGAAUCGUCUUCGGAAACAUCAUCUAUUACUGGUACAGGAACAACUGAUGAUCCCGAUUCUCCGCUAUCAUCUUCAUCCGCAAGUUAUGAGUACCAACGAUCAACGGUAUUCAAUCCUUACACAGAAUAUAGCGAAUUCACCCGAAAACAAAUACAAAGUUUGAUGCAAACUUUCGAAAAAUACGAUACAGACAAAGAUAAAUCACUUAAUUUCAAUGAAUUGAAAGUCAUGAUGGAAAAACUCGGUAUGCCACAAACACACUUAGGCCUAAAAGAAAUGAUCAAACAAGUUGAUGAAGAUCAAGAUGGAAAAAUUUCUUUUCGAGAGUUCUUAUUAAUCUUUCGAAAAGCAAUGUCCGGCGAUGGUGAAAUCGAGAAUGAAAAAUCGACGAUUGCAUCCGUUUUACAAAAACUCUACUCAAUGCUGGUAGAAAUCGAUGUUGCCAAAGAAGGCGUCGGCGGUGCGAAAAACUUUUUCGAAGCAAAAGUUGCUGCGAUUCGAGAAGGAGAUAAAUUUCAACGAGAGAUUCGUGAAGAACAAGAACAACGACGUCGUAUAGAAGAAGACAAAGCUCGUCGUAAAGUGGCGUUUCAAAAUCGUCUUGCUCAAUUUCAAACGACCUAA